AUGGAGAAGGAGGAGCCACUGCGGGUGCGGCUGGAGCUGGUGUCGUUCGGGUGGGGCUAUGGCCCGGAACGCAGAGAGGGCCAACCGCAGAAGAAGAACCGCGGGGAGUCCAAGAAAACAGCCUCACGGGGCACCCUGUGGGCUGCGGCGCUCAACCUGCGCAAGUUCGCCAACCCGCCGGUGUCGAUGCGGCGUCGGGGCCUGACGGGGCUCGACAGCGAGCUGCAGGCGGCCGUGUGGGCGGCCCCCAAGGCCGAGCUCCACUACGCCAAGGUGCGAGCCGACGUGGUCGCCCUACUCACCGAGCGCCUGCGCGCCCUUCUCGUGAAGGCGCCCGGCAAAUUGGGUACUCAAGAAGCUGAAGAUGGAGAAGGCGAAGACGACAGCGACGAAAAGAACGAAGACGACAGCGACGAAGAGGAAGACAGCGAUGACGAGGACAGCGAUGAUGAGGACAGCGAUGACGAAUCGGAAGAGGAAGAGGAAGAUAAUGCAGAGGGCGAGGAGGAUGAAGAGGAGGACGUGGUGGUGAUCGCGAUCGGUCUGGGGUGCGAGAAGGGCAAGCACAGGUCGGUGGCUGUGGUCGAGCGGCUGCUGCGCGAGGAGUGCCUGCGGACCAUCACGAUCGCCGAUGUCGGAGGGCACGCGGGCCGGCCGGUCGAGCUCGAGGUGGUGGCCCGCCACCGGGACAUCAAAAGAGGCGGCCGUGGCGAUGCAGCGUCAGACGACAAUCGGCCCUUCAAGGGCCGCCGGCGCGCCGAAGCCCGGCAGAGAAAACGCGGCUGCGCAGGCCACGCCGGCGACGAAGACUGCUGA